GAAUAGCAGAUGAUUGUGAACAAGUGUUGGUAGGAAUAGCAGGAGAAGAUGAUGAUUGUAAACGGGUUGUAUUGGUAGGAAUAUCAGAAAAAAAUAGGUUGGAAGGGUUAGCAGUAGGUAAAUUAUUGUCAGAAGGUG